AUGACUGUUACACUCCAGGACACUCAGAAGAUCCUGGGUUUGAGUGUUAGAGGUCGUCCAGUUAUCGGACACUGCAGGCCCGAUGGUUGGAGGGUCAGAGUUGAGGCCUUCCUUGGAAGACCACUUCCUCCGGAGGCACCGACGCAGCGCACCACUGGGGUACCAAUUGCUUGGCUUAGGCAGAGCUUUGGGGACACUGCAUCGUGGAUGUACCUCCCGUGCCUCACUGACUGGGACACCACAGGUACUUACAGCUGGGCAUCGGGAGUGCUGGCUUACCUAUACCGUAGCCUUUGUGAGGCGUGUCGUCGGACCGCAAUGGGCAACCCUCAUCACCGUCCGACGUUUGCCCAUCUUUGGGACCAGGCCAAAGUCGCCUUCAGCAGGACUUCACGUGCGUACGUACAGUAUGCCAAUGAGCUCGACACGCUUAGGCCCUCCAUGGUGAAUUGGGAGCCGUACACGGCGAAUGAUGCGCUGCAUCUUGGAGUAAGCAGCAUGUGUAGCGAGGAUGAAGACUUGUACUUGAUGAUCUGCCCUCUGAUUUGCUUCUAUGCUGUUGAGUGGCACCUUCCAAAUCGAGUAGCCCGCCAAUUUGGCUUGUGCCAGCAAUGGCCUGUCCCUCCAUUUGAUACUUCCGUGGAGCUGCACAAGAUUGAUCGUCAGAAGCAAAAGAAGACAGUUGAGUUUCAAACGUUGCAUCGUCAGUACAUAGAGGUGUGGGACCAGUUUCAUGACAACCUCUACGAAAAUGAGCAACCACAUACCAACUACAAUUUUCGUGCAUACCUUACUUGGUACCUAGGUGUUACACGAACAAGGUUGAAAAUUCAGUGGACCCAAGAAGAUUAUGCGUACCUUGAAUCAUCUGAGGAUGAGGACACUUCCUAUGACCUAGUAGCACGACAAGGGACACUUAUCGAGGCAGCACCUGUCUUGGACCGAGUGGGAAACGCAAUCAAGCAAUCUGUACUUGACAUCGAACGGUUUCCAAGAACAGGUGUAGACGAGCACACACUAAACAACUUUCUUGGAGUAAGUACUUGA